GAAUUGGAAAUUGUUUUUUCGUAUAUAGACCUUUUUAAUAGUUACACACAUGUAAAUGAUAAAUUAAUCGCUCAAUUCAAAUCAAAGUUUUAUGGAAUACUAAUUCUUUUUGUUCGACGCAGACGAACUGUUCACCAUUUAACUGGGCCAUGUGUCCCAAUCAGGAAGUGGAUCGUAGCCUCUUGCCCGACUGCCACAUUGCUAAUCGCGUGUUCAUGUAUUCCAUGCUGGACUAUCUGCAUUCGGGGGAGCGGCGCAGCGAAGAUGUGCAUGCCGAGUUACGUGAUCGCUAUGAGGUAUUCUGCCAAGUGCUUCACAACUUUCCCAUUCCGUUGCACGAUGAACUCGACGCUGGUUUCGAACUUCGAGUGGGGAGCGACAACAACAACUACGAAUGCUUUUCCGAAGCACUUCAGCAGCUCUAGUUCCAAGACGAGUCAACAAGGAUAUUGUUAAGUUAGUAAGCGAGGAUAAGAACUUGCAGCAGUGAUGAUGAUUAACAACCAAGCUGUGUAAAAUUAUCUUCGCCUGUUUUCGAUUUUCUUGCUUUUGGUAAAAGUGUAUAAAAAGUCGUUUAAUGUAAUGAAAGUAAAAUUAACAAUUAAAUACAACUCACAAAAAAAAAAAGAAAACGAAUUAGCUCGGCUCAAGCAGACAUACUUACAUACAUACAUCCAUGUUCAUACAUUGGUCUAUAUGUAUCGUGUGUCUAUAUAUGUAUGUAUGUAUAUGUACUUGCUAGUAUGUAUGUUUGUGCAAUAAAACAUUUUAAUGUGCGUUUGUCGCGCUUAUUUUCAUGCUUAAAAAAGUGGAACCAGCUCUCUGUGGUCAGUCGGCCGCUUAUCGAAUCAAAAUGAUCUCAUACAAAAUAUUUUAUUAUAAUCAAAACAAAAAGAGGAAAAAAUGGGCUUAAAUAACAACGCACUUGCGAACAGAAGAAAGUUUCGGUUAAGUUAAAUUUCGAAUGUACCCUACAGUCUAUAA